AUGUACACAUACAUCAGAGACAUUUACGUUGAGAUGACUUACACACAAAAGCAUCUUUAUCAGUGGGCGUUAGUAAAGUUCAUUUCAACCUUUGGAUUCCAGUGGUGGUGUACUUUAUUUAUCUCUGCGUUGGCCGUGCUGGUCGGUCGGUAUAUGCCGACAUCGUUGAACGGCGUGAACUUUUUCAAUCCUACUGAAGAAGAAGAGGAACAACAUACAAGUGAUCCACAAGCCGCCUCAGUUGACGGCGAAGCGAAAUCAAAACCUCUGGACCCACUAGAAUCAAUCAAAAACUGUUCGCUGAAAACUGUCGAUAGCGAAGUGUUCGACAAUGGACCAUUCCGGCCAUCAUAUGCUUUGGGCAAUAACCUUAACGGGCAUGUCACCGGGCAGCCAUAUGAGAUCUCAAGCACACCAAUUGAAGUGAAUGAAAGUCGAAAACAGAAAACGAUGGAAAUUCAGAAUCGAGCUCGUCUGGAAUCACAAAAUGAAUACAUGUGUCUUUCACCGCUGUCAGGCAUCGUGCCGGAAGAACCACUCGAACGAAGUAAAAGUCCUCAACUUGUCGAAAUGCAUACCUUCAGAGAUGCAGUCGACGUUAAUUAUCAACGAAUGGCAAUCACCGGCGAGGAGCUGUCAGGAGUACCGCUAGAGGAUCUGACGGAUGCUGCAUCACACCUGAUACAGGCACUUCAUAUGAGGAACGAUUACAUGGAAAAGAUCGGAAAUCAAUUCCCUAUAACUACCAAACGCUUCCUUAGCGGAGAAUAUCCAAGAAACCUGCCCAAAUUUCGGCGAAAAAACACCGAGCUAACUGCCAAUACUUCAUUCAAUCCGCCGGAGCCACCGAAGGAUCACUGGGGACUUAACACACCACUGCCGACGUUUUCAACAAAAUAUACUCUGCAUCGAAGAGAUGGAGUGGUCGAAGUCUGUGAUGAACAUGGGAAGCUAAAGCCAGAGUUGGCCGAAUUCUAUGUUUCGAAGGAAAGAUUUCUUACUGAUACAGAGCGACUAACACAAAUGAUUGUCGAUGGACCCUUAAAAUCGUUCUGCUACCGUCGUCUUUCAUAUCUACAAAAUAAGUUCCAACUUCAUGUACUUCUCAACGAACUUCGUGAAUUACACGAACAGAAAUCUGUGUCACAUCGAGAUUUCUAUAAUAUCAGAAAAGUUGAUACUCACAUUCAUGCCGCAUCAUCUAUGAAUCAAAAACAUCUACUUCGAUUCAUUAAGAAGAAGAUAAAGACUGAGGCGGACACCGUGGUACUUGAGAAUAACAACAAGCCUGUUACCAUGAAGGAGGUGUUCAAGAAAAUGGGAAUCGAUGCCUACGAUCUCUCUGUAGAUAUGUUGGACGUGCACGCUGAUAGAAAUACAUUCCAUCGCUUCGACAAGUUCAAUACAAAGUACAAUCCUGUGGGAGAGUCCACCUUGCGAGAGAUUUUCAUCAAGACUGACAAUUAUGUACAGGGAAAGUACUUCGCAGAAGUUUUGAAGGAGGUACUGUCUGAUCUCGAAGACUCAAAAUAUCAACAUGCCGAACCUCGUCUGUCCAUUUACGGUCGUAGCAAGGAUGAAUGGGACAAGCUUGCUAAAUGGGCUAUAAAUCACGAUGUCUGGAGUCCCAAUGCAAGAUGGCUUAUUCAAAUUCCUCGACUAUAUGAUAUCUACAAGGCAAAGAACAUGGUGAAAACAUUCGAUGAGUUGUUAGAUAAUGUAUUCACGCCACUAUUCGAGGCAACGAAUGAUCCAUCGUCUCAUCCAGAGCUUUACCGUUUCCUGCAACAAGUGUCUGGAAUAGAUUCAGUUGAUGACGAGAGUAAACAUGAAUAUGUUCAUUUCGAUCGUUCAACCCCUACUCCGCCUCAUUACAAAGAUGGCGAAAAUCCACCCUACAAUUAUUACUUAUUCUACAUGUAUGCAAAUCUUACGGCGCUAAAUGCCUUUAGAAGAGAACGAGGUAUGAACACUUUCGCUUUACGACCUCACUGCGGUGAAGCCGGCCAUGUCAACCAUCUACUCACUGGUUUCCUACUCAGUGAAAGUAUCGCACACGGAAUUUUAUUGCGGAAGGUUCCCGUGUUACAGUACUUAUUCUAUCUCACACAAAUGGGUAUAGCAAUGUCUCCUCUCUCAAACAAUUCCUUAUUUAUUAGCUACCAACGUAAUCCGUUACCAGAGUAUCUCCAAAAGGGUCUCAAUGUCUCACUUUCUACUGAUGAUCCACUGCAAUUUCAUUAUACUAAAGAAGCACUCAUGGAAGAGUAUUCCAUUGCUGCCCAGGUAUGGAAACUUAGUUCAUGUGAUAUGUGCGAGUUGGCCAGAAAUAGUGUAAUGCAGAGUGGAUUUGAAAAUAAGGUUAAAAUCCAUUGGCUUGGACCAAAUUAUCAAGAAGAAGGUGUAUUGGGUAAUGAUAUACACCGCACUAAUGUUCCAGACAUAAGAGUAUCAUUCCGUCACGAGGCUCAUGUAGAUGAAUUGUGCAAUCUCUUCCGUGUUCAGCAUCUCAGUCAUCGACCUGAAUAAUUAACAGAAUUUUUCUUUUCAAACUCUUUUUCUUGGACUUAUUGCAGUGACUGCAAAAGUCAGUGAAUCCUCUUCCAUAAAAAUUCCAUUGUAUGAAAUUGGCUGCUUUAUAUUCCAAGUAGUGAUGAAGAAUCGUUUUAUUGUUGCUUAUGAUAACUCUCAAAGUUAAAGGGUUUAUGGCAUGACGGUGAAAAAUCAUUCAAGAUAGUUUAUACAAAUUAUGAAUAUUGUACUGGUUCUCUUAGUAAUAAAUUUGUUGG